UGACGUGUGACAUCAUGUUUUGUUAUUGUAGUUGAGAGGAACUACAAAUUUAAAACUAAAAAUAGUUAUUAUUUUACAGUUUUUUUAUAUUCCAAUUGUAUUAUUUAGAGUUUAAUAAUACUUGAAGGAGUCGAGUCGAGUGUAUAGCGUGACGUUUGCUCUAUUGAAAACAUGUUAACUACGACUAAUUUGCUGAAUUCCAGUGUGGAAGAUUUAUCCACAUAUUUAAUCAUACCCUUUAAUUCGAUAAAAAAUUCUGAUGAUAUUACUCAAUUUAGACUCCGUCCGGAUGGCUCGUUAUGUAUGGUUAAUUCAGAUAGCAACUCCUUUGCAUACAAGGAGCAAAUUCCAAUUACAGAGGAACAGGAUUGCAAUGUUUUCAUCAACCAUGGCAAUCAAAAUUCGAACUUGGAGAUUCAAAUGGAAAUGCCUGCACCAACACUUCCAAUUCAUUGUCCAACUACACAAACUGACAUAAAAACUAGUGUACCUGAAAUUGGUAUGUCUCCGUUAGAACCGCAAUAUAGCUGUAUUAGAUGCGAUGAAAAAUUUUCAACCAUUCAAGACUACAAGCAACAUCUGAAACAGCACAAAUCCCAGAAAAAAUAUCUCUGCGAUAUCUGCGGUACUGGCUACAACAUAGAAAAUAACUUAAAAAUCCACAAUGCUGCGGUACAUUCGGAAGGUACAUUAACGACUUGCCCCAUUUGCGGUAUUAGUUUAAAAUGCCAACGAACGGCCGCCUUCAAUUCACACCUGAAAAUUCAUCUGGUUGAGGAACUGCAGCAUUGUAACGAAUGCGACGCUGAAAUCGAAAAAGAGGAUGAGUAUGCUCGACAUGUUAUAUCUCACGCUCUGAGUAAAGCUGAUUCCUCCUUAACUUGCUCCUACUGUGAUGUUGAAUUUAAAACUCCGCAGCAGUUAAAAGUACACGUUUCCAACCACACGAAAGCCUGGAAGUAUUUCAAAAGGAAGAAAUGCCAAACUGACGCGCCAAAAGAGAAGAAAAUGUACAAAAACGUUUGCAAAAUUUGCAACAAAAGUUUCGUUAAGAACUCUCUAUUAGAAAGGCAUGUUCGUGUACACAGUGGAGAGAAACCUUUCAAGUGUAAUAUAUGCGAGCAAAGGUUCACGCAGAAAGGAUCGCUGCAGAUCCAUUUGAUGAAACAUACGGGAACGAAGCCGCACGCUUGUACUUUAUGCCCUGCAAAAUUCAAUCAAAAAGGUAAUCUUAGAGUACACAUAAAUAAAACUCAUACUGCUCCAAACGAAGGCCAGAAGAUGUUUAAAUGUCCUCACUGCUCAUGCAUAUUUAAAAGGAUCGCUUCAUUGAAUGGCCAUGUGACUAAAGCUCAUGUAAAAUAUAAUGACACUGAAGAAAUUAUCGGGGAUGUUAUGAAAAAUUUGAAAGACCUAGAAGAACGUUCCGCUGUUUCUUAUAUUACUCUAAUGGAAUCGACGCCCGAUGGAACGGAGAAGAAAAUUACUGUGCAAAUGAAGAAAAUCGACCAACUCAAGUUCUACAAAUGCCUGUAUUGCACCAAAAUGUUUAAAAAACCUUCGGAUUUGCUUAAACACAUGAGAGUGCACACGAGGGAAAAACCAUUUGAAUGUAAAAUAUGCAAGAAAAUGUUUGCUCUCAAGUUUAACCUAACUUCCCACAUGAAAUCGCACAACAAUGUUAAAAGUUACAAAUGCAAUAAAUGCGGAUUGACAUUUUCAUCGAAAAAAUUACUAAAUAAUCAUAAAAAUUUCGAAAACGACAAACUUCCAAAAUGGCAAUGUUCCACUUGUGGCGUAUUAUUCAACGCCCUCGAAGAAGCUUUGCAGCAUAAAAUGUCAGAGGAUCAACCUCAUACAAUCCAAUCCGUGACGAAUAUUGUGAUAAAACAGCCAUUAAACGAAACAGUGCAUAGUAAUAACACAUCACAAUUAAAACAUUCCAAUGCUAGAACUGAAACGUCGAAACCCAGGCCUUUCCAAUGCACCAAAUGCGACGCCAAAUUUACCAGGAAUUUAAAUUUAAGGAGGCACAUGCUGUGCCAUGACAGUGAAAAGAGGCUUAGAUGCCAGUUUUGCCCAAAGACUUUCAUCGAUUCCUACAAAUUAAAGGAGCACGUGAAUUUACACUUCAACAUGAAAAAUUAUUCCUGCAAAAUAUGCAGCAAACGGUUCGUUUCAUCGACUAAUUUGAGACGUCAUAUGAUCACGCACAGUAACGAGAGACCUAACAGGUGUCCUUAUUGUCCCAAACAAUUUCAAACGGUAGCUUUGGUCAAACGGCACGUUAAAUCCGUUCACAAAACGGAGAUGAAUAAUGGAGGUGAUUUUUUAAAACAAGAAACAUCGGAAAAAGCCUUGAAUCAAGACGGAAGUGUGAUAAUAUACAAUAGAAAUUUAGAAAAACAGCCAAUAGACAACCAAACUCUCUUAGUGGAUAAAAUGGAGGAAUUUGAACAACAUUCAGACGCAGUAUUACAAAAUCCCGACGCACCUUUACAAACGUUUUACGUAAAUUUAGAAGAUUUGCAGCUUGUGGGCAACAAUAGCAUAAAUCUAUCUACCUUGGUCGAAAAUACAAACGAAACGAAUCCUAACGAAUCCGAACCACCCCACAUGCAGAAUCCAUUAAAUUUAAUUGCACCCGAAGCAGUUUACGACGAUACGAUAAUAACAUCAGCAGAAAUGAACGAAACGCGCAACAUAUUCGAAGGCGCCAGCGUUAUUUGCUUGAAUUGUAACAAGAUGUUCACCAGUUUCGUUCACUUUCAAAAACACGAUUGUAAUGUACAUAAGGAACAACACAACGAAUUGCCUGGGACUACAAUUACUGAAAAUAAUGAGGUUAAUACUGAACAACAAAUUGUAGAAAAAGAAAAUUCGGAUUCUAAACGGAUAGUUUGUAAUAUCUGUAAGAAGGCAUUCAAGAGGAAAAUUCUCUACAACAGGCACAUGAAGAGGCAUUCCACAAUGCGCUGCUUGAAAUGCAAGCAGAUCUUUUCCAAUCGAAACGCUUAUUUGGAGCAUACGGCCGUUCACAAAAACUCCUCAGUCGCCACUCCUUUGGAUUGCGAGUACUGUUGGAAGCGGUUCAAAAAGGCCUCUGACUUGAAGCGCCACAUUCGCACGCACACCGGAGAAAAACCGUUUAACUGCGACAUUUGCAACAGAACGUUUUCCCUUAAAUCCACCCUACAAACCCACAUCAGAACCCACGAUCCUAAUCACAAGCAAUUCGGUUGUGAUAUUUGCAAUACUUUCUUCUCGUCUAAAAGUAGCUUAAAGGUUCACAUGACUAUCCAUACAGGUCAGAAACCGUACUCUUGCUCAGUGUGUAAAGCCGAAUUCCGGACGCUCGGCGCUAAAAGAACCCACGAAAACGCCGGCCAUCGCAGACCGACGAAGAAAAAAUCGAAGAAAACCGCCGGAAACAACUUCAACGACAUACUACAAACGCUCUCCUCCGAAAUCAUCAUGGACAAAACCGACGAGGAGGUCGCCAAAGAGCCGGAUUACGCGCCCAUCGACACCAUGAAUUUAGUGCUACCGCAAAACAUACCCGCCCAAAACCCCGCCAUGGACUUGCCAUCGCAAUUCGCCAACUUGGACAUACCCGCCGAGGCGAUUCUAUCGACCAUUCCCGAGGUGCAGCUGCCCGAGGACCCGGCCAAUUUGCUCCGGCAACUCCAAAUGAGCGACAUGGUGCUGGCUCCGAACGAAAACGAAGUGGUACCUUCUCUGAUACUGGACGACGUCAGUUUCUUGGAUCUGGAAACGGCCGCCGACAAUCUGCAAAUCAUAUCGUUGCCCGAAAUCGACGGGAGGGUUACCAUCAGCAUAAAAGACGCCGAGAACCCGCCGAAAUCGGAUAAACCGGUUAAAAAGAACCAACCCGUCGAUUGUGAUAUAUGCCACAAAACUUACGCUUCUAAAGACGGCUUGAGGAAGCACAAGAAGAACGUGCAUAGAGAGAAGAAGAAGUUACCCUGUGACGAAUGCGAUGAGAAAUUCGACAAUAACGAGCAGCUGCAGCAGCACAAGAAGGACCACGAGAGUUUCAUCCGGGAUAAGAGUCUGUUGAAUCACCACGAUAUAUCGAAAGAACAAACAAGUGCCUUGUUGAAUCUGAAGCUAGACCUACCUUCAUCAGCAAUAGACGAAUCCUUCUUAACAAUCUAUUAAAACUUGAAACCCGCGUUAUUUUGUAGUGAAUUUUUUUAUUAAACUGUUAAUAAUUGCAAUAAACAUCAAAUGAAACGAAAACGGCCGAUCGGAAAAUCGACGUUUCGACUUCUAGUGUCAAAUGAAAAAAA